AUGGAGAUCGGCACCGAGAUCAGUCGCAAGAUCCGGAGUGCCAUUAAGGGGAAACUGCAAGAACUGGGAGCUUACGUGGAUGAAGAACUUCCUGAUUACAUUAUGGUGAUGGUGGCCAACAAGAAAAGUCAGGACCAAAUGACAGAGGACCUCUCCCUGUUCCUAGGGAACAACACAAUUCGAUUCACCGUAUGGCUUCAUGGUGUUUUAGAUAAACUUCGCUCUGUCACAACUGAGCCCUCUAGCCUAAAGUCAUCCGAUACCAGUAUCUUUGAUAGUAGUGUGCAGUUAAACAAGGGCAGCUUCACUGGACGUUUGUGUGAACCUGAGGUGCUUAACAGCUUAGAGAAGACUUACAGUCCCUUCUUUAGAAGCAGCUCAGAAAAAAUGAGCAUUGAGGAAGAAAAUUUUCGAAAGAGAAAGUUGCCUGUGGUAAGUUCAGUUAUUAAAGUUAAAAAAUUCAACCGUGAUGGAGAAGAGGAGGAGGAAGAUGAGGACUAUGGCUCCCGAACAGGCAGUGUCUCCAGCAGUGUGUCAGUGCCAGCAAAGCCUGAAAGGAGACCUUCACUUCCACCUUCUAAACAAGCUAAUAAGAAUUUAAUUUUGAAGGCUAUAUCUGAAGCUCAGGAAUCUGUAACAAAAACAACAAACUAUUCCACAGUUCCCCAGAAACAGACACUUCCAGUUGCCCCUCGAACUCGAACCUCUCAGGAAGAAUUGCUUGCAGAAGUGGUCCAGGGGCAAAGCAGGAGCCCCAGGAUAAGUACUCCUAUUAAAGAAGAUGAAACAAAAGGAGACACCUUAGAGAAAAGUCAAGGACCUCAGCAAAGGCAAUUGCUUUAUCGUCUACAGAUUGACCCAGUAAUGGCAGAAACUCUGCAGAUGAGUCAAGAUUACUAUGACAUGGAAUCCAUGGUCCAUGCAGACACAAGAUCAUUUAUUCUGAAGAAGCCAAAGCUGUCUGAGGAGAUAGUAGUGGCACCAAACCACGAGUCGGGAAUGAAGACUGCAGAUACCCUGCGGGUACUAUCAGGACACCUUGUGCAGACCAGAGAUCUUGUACAACCAGAUAAACCUGCAAGUCCCAAGUUUAUAGUGACGCUGGAUGGUGUCCCCAGCCCCCCAGGAUACAUGUCAGAUCAAGAGGAAGACAUGUGCUUUGAAGGAAUGAAACCAGUAAACCAAACUGCAGCCUCAAGCAAGGGACUCAGAGGUCUCCUCCACCCACAGCAGUGGCAGUUGACGAGCAGGCAGCUUGAGGACCCAAAUGGUAGUUUUUCCAACGUUGAGAUAAGUGAAUUGACUGUGGCACAGAAACCAGAGAAACUUCUUGAGCGCUGCAAGUACUGGCCUGCGUGUAAAAAUGGGGACGAGUGCGCUUACCAUCACCCUGUGUCACCUUGCAAAGCCUUUCCCAAUUGUAAAUUUGCUGAAAAAUGUUUGUUUGUUCAUCCAAAUUGUAAAUAUGAUGCAAAAUGUACUAAGCCAGAUUGCCCCUUCACUCAUUUGAGUAGAAGAAUCCCGGUACUUCCUCCAAAACCAGUUACACCAGCAGCAUCGCCUUCUAAUACUCAGCUCUGCCGCUACUUCCCUGCUUGUAAGAAAAUGGAAUGUCCCUUCUAUCAUCCAAAACACUGCAGGUUUAAUACUCAGUGUACAAGACCUGACUGUGCAUUUUACCAUCCCACCAUUACUGUCCCACCACGACAUGCCUUGAAAUGG